AAUGAACAGGUCUGAAUGCUUCAGCAAUUUGCCCUGCUGCUAUCAUCGGUUAGGGAGGUUGCGUUACUCCCUUACACGCACUUCAGCAUACACAUUUGUUGCUUUCUAAAGAGAAGAAAAAUCAGUGAACAGAGUAUCUGCCAAGCACGGGCUGCUGUAAUGGUCUAUGAUGAUGCCAAUAAGAAAUGGGUACCAGCUGGUGGAUCAACUGGAUUCAGCAGAGUUCACAUAUAUCAUCACACAGGCAACAAUACAUUCAGAGUUGUGGGCAGGAAGAUUCAAGAUCAUCAGGUGGUAAUAAACUGUGCCAUUCCGAAAGGGCUCAAGUACAAUCAGGCUACACAGACCUUCCACCAGUGGCGUGAUGCUAGACAAGUGUAUGGCCUGAAUUUUGGCAGCAAAGAAGAUGCCAAUGUCUUCGCAAGUGCCAUGAUGCAUGCCUUAGAAGUAUUAAAUUCACAGGAAGCUGGUCCUACAUUGCCUCGACAGAAUUCACAGCUUCCCUCUCAAGUACAAAAUGGUCCAUCGCAAGAAGAAUUGGACAUCCAGAGAAGACAGUUGCAAGAGCAACAAAGGCAGAAGGAGCUGGAACGGGAGAGGCUGGAUCGUGAACGAAUGGAACGGGAGAGGCUGGAGAGAGAGAGGCUAGAAAGGGAAAGACUUGAAAGAGAGCGCCUAGAACAGGAACAACUGGAGAGAGAACGACAAGAAAGGGAACGACAAGAGCGCCUAGAAAGGGAGAGACAGGAAAAGGAGAGGCAGGACCGAGAAAGACUUGAACGACUUGAACGGGAAAGGCAAGAGAGAGAACGACAAGAACAGUUGGAAAGGGAACAGUUGGAAUGGGAAAGAGAGAGACGAAUUUCAAAUGCUGCUACCCCUGCCUCUGUUGAGAACUCUCUAAACUCUGUGCUGGGAGAUUCCUCUGCUUCUGAGCCAGUCUUGCAGGCAGCCUCUCAGCCGAUUGAACCUACGACCCAGCAGGGUGUUGUCCAAGGACCACCUGCACCUCCUCCCCCACCCCCGCUGCCCCCAGGCCCAGCCCAGGCCUCAGUAGCAGCCCCACCACCUCCUGGCCCACCGCCACCUCCACCACCUCUCCCUCCGUCAGGCCCUCCACCGCCACCACCACCUCCUCCGCUUCCCAGCCAAGCUCCCACUGUUCCCCUCCCACCUCCUGCUCCCCCUCUUCCUGCUUCGGGGUUUUCAGCUGGAUUUGUGUCUGAAGAAAAUCGCCCUCUAACUGGACUAGCAGCUGCACUUGCUGGAGCCAAGCUUAGGAAAGUAUCACGGGGUGAAGACUCCUCCAGUUCAAGUGGAGGAGGAGGCUCUGCUCCAUCUAAAACAGACAGUGGUCGUGGAAAUGGGCCUCUUCCCCUGGGAGGUAGUGGCUUGAUGGAAGAAAUGAGUGCCCUGCUGGCCAGGAGGAGAAGAAUUGCUGAGAAGGGAUCAACAGAACCAGAGCAGAAAGAAGACAAAACUGAAGAAUCAGAGUCCUCAACCUCUAAGGCUUCUUCAACAAGUACACCUGAACUAACAAGAAAGCCUUGGGAAAGAACAAAUACAGUAAAUGGAAGCAAGUCACCUGUUAUAUCCAGACGGGAAUCUCCAUGGAAAAACCUCGUUUCUGAAAACAGGUUCUAUGAUUCAUUAAACAGACCAAAAUCUACAACAACGGGGCAGCCCAGUGCCAAUGGAGUACAGUCAGAAGGUCUAGAUUACGACAGAUUGAAGCAGGAUAUUUUAGAUGAAAUGAGAAAGGAGUUAACAAAAUUAAAGGAAGAACUCAUUGAUGCUAUCAGGCAGGAACUGAGCAAGUCGAAUACUGCAUAGAAAGACUAGUACUAAGCCGAUGUGACUCUUUAACUUGGUAUAAAACUGACUACGUUUGUGAGCUGUUAGAAGAAAAUGGAAACAGACACUUGGAAGGAGGGAGAAACAACAUAUUCUGAAAAGCUUCAGAUGCAUCACUCUGGUGAUAUGCUAUUUCCCUCCUGGUUUGCAGCUUUUUUCUGACCUUUACAGCAGGGUGGAAAAGAGUCUUAAGGUUACUGUAAUGAUUGUGCAGAAAUUCCUACACCUUCCAGACAAGAUCACAGUGCUUUGAAGUAUACUCAUGUCAAAAUAAAAUUGCACAUGUUUCAGAAUUUGUUGUUUAAAAAAAAAAAACGGAAAAGCUUGGGAAGGCUUUUCAGAGAGGUUUUCUUUAUUAAUGAAGGAUUUAGCAAGUUAUACUGUUGUACUUCAAAUGUAUCUCAGGUUUGUCUUCCUAUCAUAUCUGAUGUUUCCAUGAAUAAUUUAAAAGAUCAGAUGUGUGUAAGUUCAGUUCACAAAACAUGGAACAAUUAGAAAUACGUACUUUUAAAGGGCAAUAUUUGUAAGUGAAUGACCUAGACAGUGAUCACAUGUCAAGAUUUUGGAAUUUUAUGAUAGGAAGCCUCUCUAGUUAGCCUUCAUGCAAUUUUAUAGGAAAAAAAAAAGCAAUUGCAGUCCAGAGUUUAAAGAUGUAGAUGCCUUCCUACAUUGUUACAAUGCUUUACCAAAUCUAAGACUUCUACAUAAUGCGAAUCAGCAGUCAAAUGUAAAUCAUUAGUAUGUUGUAGAUUUACGGUAGAUUUUUGGGCUUUUUUUAGAUUUAUGCAUGUGGACAUUUUUGUAAUGUAACACAACACAGCUUUUUAAUUAAAAAAAAAUUGCAUGUCACGGAUAUUAAGUAGCCUUUUCAUUUUUAAGGCUUAAUUUAUGCCCAGAAAAAUGUGGGAUGAGGGAGGGGGAAGGUGACACAUUUUUAUUACUUUGUACACUUUUUCUUCAUCUUACAUGCAUGUGUAAUAAUGAGGAAAAUGUGACUUUAUCAGUAACCAUGUUAAUGGAACCAGGUACUUAAUCCUUUUUUGUAUCUUUUUUUUCCAGUUUUAUAUUUGACAUUCAGUAACACUUCCAUAAUGGUUCUGAAACUCCCAUGAGAAUCUAACUCAUUUUUUGGUGAGAGAACAAAAGACAUCUAAAUUGCUGAGGAUGCACCUAUACAAGUGCAUUAUUCUUUACCUUUUUACCAUGACCCUCUGCUUCACUGUUUUCUGAGACUCCUUUUUUGAUUGGUUAAUGAAACAAGACAGCAGUUAGUUACAUUAGAAAGAUGGAGCAUCAGAUCACAGUAAAUCUUCCCUUCUAAUUUAUCUGCGACCUUCCUUCCAAAACAAAAAAAGAAGAAAAAAAACCCUACCAAAACCACUACCAACAAAAAUAGCUGCUCCGCACAACCCAAACUGAAAAACAGCAAUGUUAUGCCAUUGCUUUCAGUCGAUAAUUUGAGAAUCAUUUUCAGGGAAGAUGCCACCCUUCUUUUUCCCCAGGCUUUCAGAUUUUGUUUGUAAAUUGUUUUGAUUUGGUGCAAUUCGGUGGCAUAGAAAUUCAGUGAAUUGGACCUGUAGUGCUUUAGAAUAAUAACGUGGAUCGACGUCUUCCCCUUUCCUUUGCACUGUCAGUUUUUCUGAGCCGUUAACAGUGCCAUGUUUGCUUUGUGAUCUGUGCUGAUCUGAAACAAAAGUUUACAUGCAACUUUUGGAGAGAAUAAUGUUUCAGCUUAAAAGUACGCGCAGCUCCAUCCCUAGGACAAAUGCUUUCAAUAACAUACAGUCUUAAGUGCUGAAGACCAAAGCAAAACAGCACUUACUGGUUUAGAAAGGCUUAAGUUAGAUUUUUUUUUUCCUCCAAACGUUUCUUGUUUCUAUAGAUUCAAAUUCCAAGAGAAGACUACAGUGGAAAUAUUGCCUAAUUCAAUUCAUGAAAUCAUUUUUUAAAAGAAGGAGAAACUGUUUUUCUGCAUGCAUUUCUUGGAGGCAUUAAAAAAAUCCAUAGUAACCUUGUAAAGUACUGUUUUUCUCAAAAUAAGAGGAGGCAUUUUCAUCUUUGUUAUUGUAACUUUGUUUUACACGGACAUUUUCAGCAUUAAGGAAGUUUACCCUUGUCAGAAAUCAUGUUGGAUUUGUUUUUAGGAGAGUUCAGGAGUAGCUUAGUGGAAUAGUGUGAAUGGAUAUAAGUGGUCCAAAAUUAAAAGAGAAACGACUAGGUUGUGCAAGGAACUGGCUUAUGCACUAAACGUUUUGUGCCUUGGUCUAAAAUUAACAUGAUUUCUGUUCAAAAGAAAAGGAACAGAUGUCUUCUUUCGUGCUGCUUCUACAUACAUAGUUUCUAUAAUCCCAAAUUGUUGAAUUGGUUUUUUUCCAGAAAAUCUGAUUGAAUUAAAGAUUACUGUAAACAUUUCCUGUCAUACUGACAGUUGCACCAUUUCCAGAGAUUUCAGUAUUGAAAAUGAACUACAGAAGCUAAGAUUAUUUUGCCUACUGGUAACUGAGUUCUUUGAUAACCAUAUUGUGGUGGUUCUGUGCUUUUGUAUAAUGGGUGUCUUAAACUGAGGACAGUUUAGGGGAUCCUUUCUGAUUCCAGGAAAGCGUCGCUUUCCUCAACACUGUGAUCUAAUCUGUGAUAAACCUGUACUAUAUACAAGUGGCUAACAAGUCAACCACAAACAAACUGAAUGUAAAAAUCUUAGUGCUGGUGCUGAAAUCUCUUCAGACAGUCAUAAUUUCCAGUUCAUUGUUUUAAAAAGUUAUUGAGCAUCAAGUGUCAAUCAAAAACUGAAGACGAUCACUAAUGAAUGUUGAAUUUUCAUGCAUUUAGGUUUACCUUCUUUUUAGUUUCUCAGUUCAUUCUCUGCUAUUUUUACCAUAUUGUGUCAUUUUAAAUUUCUUACAUGCUAACGUUUUGUUUGAGCGAAUGAAAUAAAAUUGCAAUAUAUACA